AUGACAGUUACAGCUCUAGCUCGUCUAAUGCCAGCAGAAUUAGCAGAAUUAACAAACCGGAGUCAAGUGAGCGCCACUACUUCCAAUACCUCCACUACCCCAAUUACCCCCAUUUCAUUGAAUCAAAGCACGUAUGUUGUUCAUAAACCUGAUAAAGAAUUAUCAAAGCUCCGCCGAUUAUGGUGGGAAGAGGGCAACAUACACCCACAAGCGAAAUGGGAAGAGGCCGAGCUUCCCUACAUUAUUGCUGAGGGAAUCACACUAGAGGAGUACGAAGAACGCACAGACAAGUUUAACGUCCGUGGUCUUUGGGAAUGGGUCGACUAUAAAGUCAUCAUUUAUGAACUUCCAUCAAAGCAUCAUGAAACUUUUAUUGUUUCGAUCACUUCAGAAAUAAUGGAGAAAUGUCUUCCUGUUAAACGAACUGAUGCCAGUAUCGGAGGUCUUGGUGCAAUUAGAACUCGCACUGACAAUUCCGGCAAAGAAGCCGAUGCAUGUUUUCGCCCUUCAAAACCCCCAGUGCGAUCACCAAACGGGAGCGAUGGAGAGAAAGAACCUUGGCCAAAUAUUGUCGUUGAAGUUGCGUAUUCUGAGAGCGAACAACAUGUCCUAGAAAAGGUGAAUAAUUAUUGGUUACGUAAUCAUAGUCGUGUCCAUGACGCAAUAGUCAUCAAGAUCGAUCCAGUUUCUGAGAAGUACGAACCGCCUACACGCAUGCAGUUUGAAUUCGGUACCCACGACGAACAUGGAAAUCCGACAAAUAUUCAACAAGGCCAAUGUGUUAUCAAAAUUUCUCUGAGUUGUUUGUAUCAUGAUACAUUUACUGACGUUACAAUUCACCGACGACUUCUCCCUGAUCCAAUUAUAUUGGAUUUCUUGGCAAUCCGAACCGAAUUCCUCCGUAUGUAUCGGACCAGAUAA